AUGCAUUACCGCCACCGGAAGAGCAAGAUGCUCAGCCUGUGCGGGAGCCAGGCCUGUGCGGUUGCCGGGAGGCCCGCCAUCCUCGAGCGCAUCACCCAAUGGGAAAGUGUGGUCAACACCCUGAAGGCAGCCAUUGCGGUUGCGACGUGGGACGACCCACAGGUGCUCUUGCGAGAGAUGGAGGGAUGCCGCCUACCCCUGGCGAAUAUCGUCGAGCCGAUGCUGGGUGGUGGCAAUGCUGAAGGGGCGUACGACACGCUCGCGGAAGUCUACAAGAACACGCCCGAUGGAUUUUUGGCCAUGUGCCCCUACCCGCCGGGAGGCGAGGUCGACCUGCUGAUCGUAUCGGACUCAUCUCUUGCUCUGGUACCUGACCCCCAAGCAGGGAAGGCUUCGUGUUUUUCCGGAGGCGAUCUUUUGAAGCCCUGGGGAGACAUCCGUGGCAUUUACACAAAAAUGUUGUGGGGCAAAGGUUUGAAUCACAUGGUGCAGUACAUCCCCGAGGCCAUCGACGACAUCGAGUCCACCAAUCGUGCACAUGGUCGCCCGGUUUUGCCGGAGCAGAAGAACUACCCGAACCUCACCAUCCUCAAGGCCGCGUACCAGCUUGAAAUCGAUUCGAAUGUAUCCUCUCCAAAAGAUCUUCCUCAGCGACCUGAUCCUGAGAAGCUCAUGUUGGAUACAGAUAUCGAGAUUUUCAACUGGGUGCUUCAAGCUGAGGAGAGCGCCACAGCCUCUGCCGACCGGGAGGUCGAGUCCUGGUUGCGUGACAUCCCUGAAGAGGACCAGGCAUUGGAACCAAUGCACCAUGACAACGCUGAUUCGGACGAUGAGGCUGUCAAAGUUCAGGCCCUCACCAUGGAUGAUCGAAUUUUGGCAAGGCGAAAGGGCCUUUCAGAGGAGCACGACCAAGAAUGGCAAGAUGCCACCUAUGCGGCUGAGGAUGAAGAUGAGGACUUCAAAGGGUGGGACCUCAUUGAGGAUGACAAACGCCCGCCGGGAGUCGUGGCCAGUGACCCAGUACAUGAAGAGGAAAAGGAGCUGGACCUUGACGACCUCGAGACGGUGGCUUCGGUGGAGAUCGUCGAUGAAGAGGAGUUCCACGACGCUGAGGAGGGGCAGGCAGAGCCGAUUGAUGAUGAUGACGAUGACGACAUGGCCGUGAUCGACAAGGUCUCUUCUAUGCAGGCCUCGAAGUCUGAUGCACGGGGGGACCCGGAGCCCAUGGAUGUUGAUGAUCAGGGCAACAAGAUGGUCCAGAGUACGGCAUCAGCGAAGACCUGGAAGACGGAGAUGGCCCAGAGCUCGUCAUCGGCAAAGACGUGGAAAACUGACAUGGCUCAGAGCACCUCAUCUGCAAAGACAUGGCGAACUGACACCACUGCAGCUGCGUCGGCGGGAGCCACGCCUUCUGACCCGACGUCCAAGCUCAAGCCCAAGAAGAAGGCCAUGCCAAAGAGAUUGAAGGUUGUGGAUGAGGGACAUGGGCCAAGUGCUGAACAGUUUGACACGUCGAAAUUUGCCUCAGCACAGGAUCUGGUUUGGAUUGAGCCGGACAACAUGGCAGGAGUUCCUGUGCGCAAGGUGGACUACGGGAGGAGGCCAUCACCUGAGAUUCGGAGGACUGAUUUGUCAAUGGACUUCAAGGCAUUGGUGAGGCAUCUCCAAGGAGAUUUUGCGCACCUUCGAGAAGAAGAAGUUUUGAUGGUUGUGCGCAACUCUCCGAUGCGUCGCUUCAGAGUCCAGGUGAACGGCUUGUCGUCCGGAAAGCUCAGGUGGACGCCAGUGAGGAUCAGGGCCAUUCAGGGUCAUCGGGCCUUUCUCGUGGAGCAAGGGGGGAUGUCAAGCAUGAUCAAAACGAUGUUCACUUUUGAUGAGAACUUCGACCAGACCAAGAUCGACGACCCAACGGUCCACCCCGCAUUCUCCGCGAUGCCGGAAGGCUCGCCUGAAGUCCUCAAGCAGGCCAAGGCCGAGUUUGAUCCGACGGAUGUUCUCAUGAGCCGCAUGGAAAUGUUGAUGGAAAAUGCCCAGUUGAACUUUGAAGGCAUCAAAGAGCGCAUUGAGUUUGGCAAGCUCCUCCCCUUUUCCAGGCGUGAAGACAUUGAAGUCGAGAAGAGUACUGCCACUCGGGAGGGUGAGCCGGCAUCAGGUUCUCAGCUGGUACCCGGCUACACCGUUGGAAAGAUGGCCGCCAUGACAAGCACGGAUGCCUGUGGCUUCCAACGUCGUGGACGGAAUGGACCCGGUGGUGGAAAUUGGAGUCGAGGGCAAGGUCGACACGGAUUUGAGUUGCAAUUCAAGGACAUUUCCUACAACCAGAUCCAAGACACGCCUCAGGUACGUUGUGGCCAUCCGAUCUGUGGAUAUCUGAUGGUGGAUGGACAUUUGAAAUGCCCGCGCUGCUCCCGGCAGAUGGAACCCGUGACCGAUGCCAACAUCGCCACGGAAGUUGCCCGCCGGGAGGCGAUGGCCCGUACCAGAGGAGUGCCCUUCUCCAUGGACAAGGUGAUCUUCAACCACCCGCGAAGAGGCAGAGUAGCCAGGCAGCCGGAGAAGGGAUCAUCAUCUUCUUCGACAGCCAUCCGGACCAGAAGCACCUAUGGCAACUUGAGAGACAUGGCCAAGAACUACGUCAGAUCUUUCAAGAAAAGGGGCUUCAAAGACCUUGUUGACCGACUCGUCCGCGACCCGUUCUUUCAGUUCAAUGCGGCGAAUCAAAACUUGGUGCCGGAGGCCCUGCUCUUCAUUGAGCGUUUGGCUGGCUGUGUGAGCCCGACCAUUGAGCGCACCAAAGCUCAGGUUCUUGGUGAAAAGCUUGAGAUGGCCACCAAAUUGAUCUUUGUGCCAUCGUCGGAGCGGGAGCCCGACCAACCCUUGGAUCUUCACACCGAGGUGUUUGUGUCGCACCGGGGCGUCUUUCUCGACAUUGGCCAGUUCGCAGUCUACGUGGCGAAGUUCAUCAAGCCAAGGCAAAGACCUCUACCCAUUGUUUAUGGAUGGGGCAACCGUGACUUUGUGCCUGAUGCUUCAGACGCCAAAGAGAUCGCGAAAGAAUUGGUGGAGUUCAGCAAGCUGCAAUGGUCCAACUUUGCUUCCCAGCAGACGCACAAGGAGUCUGAGACGACCGGCGACGACCGGGAGGUCAGUCUUCCUCAUGCAAGCGCAGCCAUCAGCCGACCUGAACAUGAACGACCCCAUCACGAGCAGUUCGAACCCAAUCUUGGCAAGCCUGCUCGCGGCGGUCCUUACGGCCAGGGUGGUGGUGGUGGAAAAGGUCAUCACAAAGGUGGAGGACAGACCAAAGGGAAGGGACAGCAGAAGGGCAAGGGCAAGCAAGGCAGAAGCCCACCGGGAGGUGUGGCCUACGGUGACUUUGAAGGAGAUUCCUUCUGGGUUCAGGGCUAUCGCUACACGUGGUACUGGAAUCAACAGCGAGGCUGGUACUGGCGCUGGACCUGA